AUGAACGAUCCAUACGAUUAUGGAGUGAUUGGGGCUGACUGGGGCACACCAUAUGCAAAAGCUUUCACCGAUGAAGUCAAAGCCCUCAAUAUCCAUGGCACCCCGUACAUAUGUGUCCUUUGGGCCAACCUCGCAACCGCGCAAUCGGGCUAUUGGAACUUUCAUCUUGCUCUUGCAACUGCACCACUGGAGCCCCUAUCGUUGGAUGCCCUCCAGGAAAAGAACAUACACCUCCUCCAGAAGGGACCGCGCAGAUGGUUCCGCGAAAAAGGAGAUUGGGGGUCGACGAAAACUUUAUUUGCCGCUCCUGGCCAUCGCAUUGCUCUUGAUAUUGGCGGUUGCAGACACGAGGCUGGAGCAUUUCCUGAAGCGCCUCAGGUAGACUAUGGUUUAGAAAAGUUGAGUGAAGCAUGGAGUGUCCUAGUCUAG